AUGCAAACUUACAAAUCUCCGAAUGAAUUGGCAUCCAAUUCGCAUGAAACAGGCCCGACUGAUGUAGCUCCAGGUGAAGAAAAUUCAGUUUAUGGCUACAUUAAUAGUUCAGUUGGCUCAUUUGAACAAUUUAAGAUCGAAAUUGGGAAUGUUAACAGACAUAUCACUGUUAGCGCAAUUCGCAAAUUCCUUCUAACGCAUGGUUUUGAUACUUCUAAAGUAAAGCCUUCUGGUCAUGGUUUCUUCUUUGUCAAUCUCCUAUCUGCGGAGGAAAGAGACAGAGCUAUAGAAAAGCUAAAUGGAAUUUGUUUCAGGGGACGGGAACUUCGAGUAAAGUUGGCGAGACCUAAACCCGAUCCCUUGAUUUUGAAAAGGUCUCAUGGGAAUGUCGAACAUCAGGGAAGUUCGGCAAAAAUAUUAAAAACUGAUGGUGAUCGAACAGAUAAUUCUGCUGACAAUAAUAUUGCUCCCUUUGUCAAUAUUCCCUACGAUCCAGAUCAGUUGAAAAGGAAGCAGAACACUGCUCUUUCAAACUUGUUACGUGUCAGAAAUAAUGUCAAGAAGGUGAACAAUUUCAAGUAUUGUGAAUCCUGUCUUGAAUCUGGAUUUAUGUCACAAAACGGACGAUUCUUAGGUCAACAGUACUGUCCAAUAACACCUUCGCCCAUUCUAACUGGUUAUCGUAACAAGGCCAAAUUCACGAUUGGGUUUGAUUUGGAUGGUAAAGGGCCAGUUGUCGGAAUGCGGGUAGGUAAAUACAAGGAUGGUUCAACAGCUGUAGCUUAUUCUGCAGAUGCACUCCUGUUCUCGGAGUCCACUUCCAAAGUGAUUGCCAGUAUGCAGGCCUGUUUGAAUGCCAUCUACAAUCAACCCCACGAGGGCGAGAAUGCCGACCUGUUGAAUCGCAUUGCCGAGAGAGUACAAGUAUAUGACAUGGUCGCCAAGACUGGCCAUUGGCAAUCCAUCACUCUUCGUGAAUCUCGACUCAAUGAUCGUCUGGUUGAAAUUGAGAUUCGUCGUCAGGAGCUUACAGAUACUUGGUUGCGAUCAGGUCUGCAGUUGAAAUGGGCCUGUGAUCGCUCCUUCACAUCAACUCAAGAGUAUGCGGAAGAUAUUGCGGAUUUGUGCUCAGUUUUGAAGCAGUGGUUUGAAUCUGGAGGACAAGGAGAGUCAGCAGCUGUUACAUCUAUCGUUUUGAUUUCUCUUAACAGUGUCUCACAACAGUCUGGCAAAUAUGGUGAACAUUGGGUUUUUGGCAAGAAGACAAUCACAGAACUAUGCUGUGGUCUUAACUUUGAAAUCUCAAGGGAUGCAUUCUUCCAAGUCAACACCCUGGCCGCUGAGAAAUUGUUUGAGGACAUUCGUGGGCGCUGUAAAGCCAUCCUAGAGAGGGAAAAUAAAUCCACUAGUGAUGCUAUUCUUCUUGAUGUCUGCUGUGGUGCUGGUGUUAUUGGUCUCUGCCUUGCGGACUGUUUUGAUCAAGUGGUCGGCAUUGAAUUAAUCCCUUCAGCUGUACAAAACGCGAAAAGAAAUGCUGAAAUAAAUGGCAUCAAGAACGCCGAAUUCUACGUUGGCAAAGCGGAGGAACUUUUGAAAGAUCUCAUGAAAGUUCUACCUAAGGAUAAGGAGAUCAUCGCUAUAUUAGAUCCUCCUAGGGCUGGAGUUCAUCGUGGAGUUAUCGAGGCUAUCCGUCAGUGCUCAAGGGUCAAAAAUCUGAUAUUCGUGGCCUGUGACCUUAGAGCUUCAGAAUGGAACUUUGAAGGACUUGCACGUCCUCCUUCAAAGAAGUAUGCGGGUGCACCAUUUUUGCCGACAGCUGCUACAUGCGUAGAUCUCUUCCCUCACACUCCGUCUAUUGAGGUUGUAGUUUCUUUAAAGCGCCUUGCUGCUGCGGAUUGUAAUCAUACCACGGAAGUGCAUUCUACUGGAGAAGCUACGCUAUAG